AGCUAAAAUCAUUUAUAUCAAUCUUUUAAAAAUAACCAUAAAUACAGUUAAACAAUAAGAAAAUACUCAUAAUAUUUCUUCAGGUGGGUUGAAAUUCGGUAUAAAAUAUGCGUUGGCAUCCGAGCCACAUCAGCUGAUUGAGGCCCACGGCUGAAGAUGAAGUUCCUAACACCUGAGCAGAAGAAAUUCUACGAUGACAACGGCUAUGUUGUCAUCGAUGUUCUGACCAAAGAGCAGACGGAUGAACUGAGCCGUGAUUACGAUGACAUCUUUAAGCGGAAGGCCGAUUCUAAUUUGGAGGCUACGUGGCAGGGUGACUGGAAUAAGAAAGCAGGCGUGACGCAAGUACAGUCAAUACACGGACUUCAGAUGCACUCGGCAGCCUUUACACGCUUGUUGCUCCACGAGAAGAUGCUUGAUGCUUGUGAAGACGUAAUGAACACGUCGGAUAUUCUCUUACACCACACCAAAGCGCACUUGAAGCCUCCCGGCACUGGUUCUCCAUUUCCCAUGCAUCAGGACUACCACUACUUCCCCUUUAAGAAUGACUCCAUGAUAGCCGUGUUUGUGAGCCUGGACGACGCUGACCCCCAGAACGGAGGGCUGUGCGUGUACCCGGGUUCGCACAAGCUCGGCCCUCAGGAAGACUGCAGCAGUGUCCCUGGAUGGCACUACCUUAGCCAGGAGAAGUUCCCCAUAGAGAAGGCAACACCACUUACCCUAAAGAGAGGACAGGUGGUCAUUUUCUCGUACCUGCUCAUUCACGGGUCAUAUGACAACACCAGUGACAGGGUCCGCCGCAUGUUCCUCAUCCAGCUGAUGGGGGCCGAUGAUACACCCAUGGCCGACAUGCAUAGAUCAGCGUGCCAGAAGAUGGUGUUGCGGGGGAAGUGCUUGUGGCGGCUUGCGGAUGUCACAAAGCGCUUUGAUGAUUAGAGCAUCGAGACAGGAGAACAGGAACAGGUGGUGGCUGUAUUCAGUGUGUGGUUAUUCCGAUGGAGAAGGCUUAGUUGCGCUGAAGUUUAUUUUACUGUUAUUAUUUUUAGUACUUUACUCUUUUAUCAUAUGUUAUAUGUCAUAUAUUAUUUUUUUUAUAGGAAAUUUGAAGAUGGUUAGGUUAUUAAAAAUUAAUGUCUAAUUCAAUUUAUUUUAUAAAUUACUUAUCACUGGAACACAUUUUUUUAUUGUUAGCCUUAAUCAUUCAAUCUUUUUCUAGCAAUUACAGCAUCAUCCCAUCCAGUUUAUAUUCUAUUUCACAAAAUAAACCUGUAAUUGUUAACAAUGAUAAUAUAUAAAUUUGUACCUUAAAAAAAAAACAUUUGGAUGCAGAUUUUAUGUCAUCGCCCUUAAACUUCUUAACUCAACCAUAAAUUUAGGUGCAAUCUAUUGAUCUAUGCAUCGGACUCUCCCUGGACCUGCAACACCUCCAAGACACUGGUCCAGGUCAGAAUGGAAGGUGGUAGACAGCUAUGACAGAAUCUGGGUAUGCCUACCUUCUGGCACAAUCGUCUGGGAAUCUCAGGUUCAGGGAGAGCAUGUGAAGACGAUGAUAUAGGUUCAGGAAGGUAGAAAAAGUCAUGUUCUCAUAUGUGUGAAUUGAACAAGCCUGUGAGUUUGAUCAGAAGUGUUUAUGUGGCUAGCCUGUAUGUGACAACGGGGUUACUAGUACAAUUGUUCUUAUGUAACUUGUUAGCUGUUUGUGCAUGUAAUAUGUGCAUAGCCUUUUAUCAUUAGUUUUUAUAGAAACUGGGAAAUUUACUUUUAUUUGUUUCAUUGAUAUCAUAACUUACUUUACUGUAUCCAAAAGUGAGAGAUUCCUAAUAGGUACUAAAAAGUUGCAAUAAUGUUGUAUUGUAGAUUUUUAAACACAGUUUGAGAUAGAUGUUGUUUUAUGGGACUUUUAUCAAGAAUCACAAAAGUACAAAUACAAGUUUGUGCCAUAUCUAGGUUUUAUUAAUGCAGUGUACAUUUAUCUCAUUCUUCAAUAUUAUAGUCUUACUAACCCUUACAUUCUAUAUUAUAAACAUUUUACUAACAUUAUCUCAAUUAUAGGGAACAGUUUUACAUAAGAUUUGUGCAAUAUACUGGUUUAACUAAUGCAAUGAUACGCCUAACAUAUUUUAUGGCUAACCUUUGAUUCCUAUAAGAUUUUUACACAUAAAAAAUAUGUGAAGAGUGUAUGCCACUAUGCUUACUAGCCAUAUUAUAAUGUUUAAAUAUGUGUAGUUUUGUGGUGAAUAUUUCAGAGAUUUAUAAAUUAUUUGAUGGGAUUAAUUUCAAAUAAUUGUAUAAUGAUAGGAGAAAAAAAUACCCUUUCAUUUGAAAAAGGUUGUAAAUUCUUUGAAAAUAUGGCAUCUUUAUAGAAGCUGAAUAAGUAGAAAUUGCAAGGAGAAAGCAGAGUACAAAUAGAUUUACAGGAAACUCAAAGAAUUUUGAAUGAUUUGUAGUAUGUAGAAGAUUCUUUUAUUGGAGAAUAUAUAGGAAGUAAGAUUAUCUGUGCAGUUAAGAAAUCCAGCCAUACUGUUUAUGUACAAAGGUAUGACUUAAAUGUAUUACUGUUGCAGUUAUCGUGUAAACAUGGGAUAUAGUCUUUUGGGAUUUUUUUUUCUUUUUGUUUUUUUGUUUCAGUAGUUUGUCACACUGUUGUUGGUGCUGUUCUGUUGAAUUUUGUAUUAAGAUUUUAUGUUUUAUGAACAAACAAAGGAGAAACU